AUGGAUGUCGUCGCCUGGGUAAGCUGCUACGGACAUAUCGGGGCCGGAAGCGUCGGGAUCUUUGGUGAUUGGAGUAGAUGUCGGAGAUACUCGGUCGUCAUUCCUUCACCAGGCACCAACACGGAUUCGUUCCUUCUUGACCUCUCAAAGUAUGGCAGCGAUGCGGUUCUGGCGUCGCACAAGGCCGUGACCAGCAGCAACGUGGCACUUGGGGUCCAAGAGACUCUGCAAGCCCUCCUGGCAGGAGCGGCGGCAGCACCUGCAUCCGACGCUUCCGGCAGGUUCGAUAGUACUAGUUCUAGUACCUCGACCAAAGUUGCUGCUGUCGCCAUCGGCACCACCCACUUUCUCAACGCCAUCAUCGAGCGGGAUGUGUCGAGGGUCGAAAAGGUGCGCAGGCAGGCCACCGCCAUCAGAGCUGCCGGCAUCAAAAACGUGGUCGUCGUCGGCAUCGGCUCCCCCAUGGACGAGCGCCACCACCAGGAGAAGCGCGCGAGGGACAUCAUCAUCGACGAGCUCGGCGACGAAACCAACGUCGUCUGCUCCGCCGACAUAGCAGGCAGCGGCCUGCUGGCCCGGGAGAACGCCAGCAUCCUCAACGCCGCCAUCCUCAGCUUCGCCCGUCGCACCAUCCGCGCCUUCAUCGGCGCCAUGGCCCGCGUCGGCCUGAGCUGCCCCCUGUACCUGACCUCCAACGCCGGCCACCUGCUGCCCUUCUCCGAGGCCAUGACGGCGCCCAUCCGCAUCUUCUCCUCGGGAGCGACAAACUCCAUCCGCGGCGCCGCGUUUCUCGCCGGAACAGAGGCGAUCGGCCGCACGGGGAGCGUCGUAGUCGACAUUGGCGGCACCACCACCGACGUCGGCUACCUCCUCGGGAACGGCUACCCGCGCCUCACCAAGAGCUACAGUGACCUCGCGGGCGUCAAGGUCAACCUCGAGAUGGCCUCGGUCGAGAGCGUCGGCCUGGGCGGCGGUUCUAUAGUCCGCGUCGACCAGGCUCCAGUCUCGGUCGGCCCGCAGAGCGUCGGUCAUGACCUUAUGACAAGGGCCCUCUGCUUCGGCGGCGACCAAACCACCGCCACGGAUAUAGCAGUGGCCGGAGGCGCCAGGAUCGAAGCCAAAGGGCUGCGAGGCGUCAACCUCAGCCAGGCCGUCGUGGCUUCCGCGCAGGCUCGCAUCAAAAAGAUGAUCGAAACAACAAUCGACCGCGCCAAAUCCUCCCCGGACCCUUGCACCGUGAUCCUCGUCGGCGGCGGCUCGAUACUGUGCCCGCGCGAGCUCCGAGGCGUGCGCAAGGUCCUCGUCCCGCCCCACGCGGCCGUGGCCAACGCCAUCGGCGCCGCCACCGCCAACGUGCACGGUGCGGCCGAGACCAUCAUCCACGGCGCAGACGUAGCGACGGGGAUAGCCGCGGUGAAAAAGAAGGCGGUGGGAAACGCGGUCGCCAAGGGCGGCGAUGCGCGGGGCCCGGUUACCGUGCUCCAUGAGGAGGUCGCCGGCGUGCCGUACGUCGAGGGUCAGACUGUUAUCAAGAUCGAGGUUGCGCUGCCCGCCGGCCAUGCGCGGGUCUACGCCGAGAUGCUUCGGACGCCCUCCGAGAACUACGAAAAGGCUGUCGACGAGGAGGUCAGCGGCUCCGCCGGGGCCAGGACUGGGAAUACCGGAGAUGCCAGACAAGUCGAUGCGGAAGCGCCAGUUGUAAACCCUGACUGCUACAGGCCUGAGAUAACGUCAGACGGACAUUGGAAGGUGUCCCAAACGGAUAUACACUUCUUGUCGAUCGGUUGCUACAUUCUCGGCUGUGGAGGCGGGGGGUCGACUUAUACGCACCACCUCGAGCUUCGGCAGCUCCUCCACGAGGGUCACGACGUUCGAAUAGUUGAAACUACGAGCUUGGGUGACGACGACGUGCUCGUCCCGGUCGCCGGCGUCGGCACGCCCGCGGUGGGGAUCGAGCGGCCGGGCGGCGACGGUGUUUACCACGCCAUGCAGGAGAUGGAGAAGCUGAUGGGUGGGCACUUUAGCAGGCUGCUGGCGACGGAAAUCGGUGGCGCCAAUGGCGUAGGCACGCUCCUCUGGGGGAGCUCAAAGUACUACAGCAUACCUACCGUGGACGGGGAUCUCAUGGGACGAGCAUACCCAAACUUCGAGAUGGUUUCGCAGUACGUGAUGGGCAAUUCCAUAGACGAGCUAUUGCCGGUUACACUCUGCAGCGGCACAGGUCACAAUGUGGUUAUACCGCGCGGGCAGCCGGAUGCGGCCACAGCAAGCGCGGCAAUCAGGGACAAGCUGAUAGCCAUGGGAUCCGCCGGCGGAGCAGCCGGGAAUCCCAUAACGGGUGCUGAAAUGAAGCACUUUGGCAUCCCCAACACCUUCUCCCUGGCGUGGCGACUCGGCCGAGCCGUGGUGGCGGCCAAGUCCCGACCGCGCGCGUGGUCAUUUGCCGACGUUGCGCGGUCCAUCAUCGCGGAAUGCGGCGGGCCAGGGUGCUGCCGGGUGGUCUUCAGGGGCAAGAUGCGCGGGGUCGAAAGCCGCAUCACGACGACGGCCCACAGCAUCGGUCAGGUCACCAUCGAAAAAGUCGACGAAGAGGACGAUGACGACGGACUGUAUGACGGCGAGGACGCGGGUUCCAUCACAGAGGUCAAGGUGCCGUUUAUGAAUGAAAACCUCAGCGUCAUUGGGAGGAAGGCUGAUGGUACUGAAAAGGUCCUUGCCAUGGUCCCCGAUCUCAUCAUGAUCCUCGACAUCUACACCGGCGAGAACGUGGGCGUCCAGGACUACAGGUAUGGCCUCAAGGUAGCAGUCAUGGCCAUGGCUCCUCACCCGGUCUGGACCACGAAGCGAGGCCUCGAGGUCGGUGGGCCCAAAGCCUUUGGCCUGCCUUACGAAUACGUCCCGACGCUCGAGUACAGCAAGCCCCGAAGCGUGAUUGACGAGUUCCAGAGCCCAUGCGCUACCGCUGCUCCAUGAAUGGAGAUGGGAGUCGUGUGAGCUGUAUCCUGAAAAGGGAGCCCUGGAAAGACGUGGGGAUAUGGGGAAGAUGGCGGCGAGGUGUGGGGAGUGGAGGUUUGCGCCUGACACUAGGGCGACAAAGAAAACUAAAACCAAGGACUUUGGAGGCCUGCCUCGCAUCCGCUUUUUUUCAAUAGUGCCGCACUACUCGGGCGUCGAUGCAGUUGCCACGCAGGCUGAAAACGGGACGGAAAACGACCACUUGCGCCAGAACAUCAUUGGACAAGCAUAUGGCGCCCCCCAGCAAGACGAACAAAACGAUCUAAACGGUGUGGUCUUGUCUGUUCUGUCUUGUCUUUUUCGGGGCUGAACGACGGGCGGUUGUCCUCCCCAGAUUCUCCGGAUCUAGGUAACAACCUAGUUUGCGGGGGGUCUUGCAAGGGGGAGGGAUUUUUACCUCUAGCCCCCCUUUUUUUCCCUCAAUGGCUCACCACAAAUUUGUGGAGCAGAGGGCCGUCUUCUCCGAUUUUACGGCUCCUCCGCGGAAUGAAUUUGGGAAUUCUUCUCGCUCCUACUGUACUCUUCUUUCUCAACCAAAGGAAAGGAAGAAUAAAAACCACCACACCACAUAGUAUAUAGCCCACUGAUUACCUGUUUGAGGGACCUUUUACCAUAGAGGGAAGGGGCAGGAAAAGAGAGAAUGGAACAUACCCACAGGUUCGACGCUAUCUCGCCAAGAGAUUGUCCACGCGUACACAAUACUCGUUCUUGUCAACCAAGAAGCUAGCGCAUGCAGCCGUGUCAAAAUCCCCUUGGCGGAUUUGCCCGCCCAAUGUCACAAUCACGUUUGCGCAGGGAUGAACAAUAAGCUCGAAAUGGCAAGCCUUCGGACGAAAGGCCCGGUCAUGCACCCUACACACUCCGAUUCACGAAGUACGGAUAUGUACGAAGUAUGUACGGAGUUACCGCCCAGUCUGUUGGUGGAUUAAGCUUCUUAUUGCUUCUUCUUUGGGAUUCCUUGCAGUGGAUGACCAUGUUUAAGGCAGCGGAAGAGAUGGUUUUUGAAAUGUUGUGAUUUUUUUUUUGUCGCAAUCGAUAUUAAUCCCCGCGGCCGUCGUGCAACUCUCAGAGGGGAGACCUAGCCUGCCGUCGAACCAAACGCUGGGAGAAGCAUGAGUGCGAAAUAGCAGAGCAAAAUCUAUUAUUGAAUACCUUGCUUAUUCAACAAAACCGAACACGAAUCUCGAGAUCUGGUCAAGUUGGCCGAGGCAUGACAGGGGCGCAUGACCAGCUGAAGAAAAAGAAGAGACGAAAAAGAAAAAAAAGAGAAAGAAAAAACAAACAAAGAGUACAUGGACGAUUCUCCUUGUCUUUUUAUCUGUGUGUCUUGAUUCGGAAAACCGAGCCGUUUGGCGGCGCGUGCCGUAAGCUUGCGUUGCUUCUUUUGCUUGUGUUGAAAUCCCUUGGAUAGUCACAAGAAAUCAAGAAACAAGACGGGUGAGAAAAAACACUACCGUAUGGUGAAUGCGAUCAAGAGCAGGUGACAAGAGUUAGAAACAAUAGUUAGUGGUCAGUCGCAUUGGCGUGCGGCGGCACGCCGAGGUUCUGGGCCCCCGAGGCGCCGAGCUAAAGUUUUUUUUUUUUUUUUUUUUUUUUUUGCGAUACUCGACGACAAUGUCAGAUACCACACGCGCGGGUAAAUGUUCUUGCCGCUGUUAAAGGAUAGGCUGCAGAUCUAGACCUUGAGGAGCUUUUCAUUUUGCGCAGCCACAUCCACAACCUGUUUCCGCGCUUUAACGAACUAGGAAACAUUCUGGAUAGAACUGGAUGACUCGGCGACAAGUCAUGGCCUACAUAGUACGUGAUAGUCCCGCCAAUGCCGAAGAUAGUAAAGAUUUAUGCAUCCGACUCAGAGAGGCAGA